UAUUAAGACUGUUCGUUCUUUUCUCUGUGUUCUUUGUGUGUGCGCACACGCACAUGUCUAAUUCCAUACGUGGGUGGAUUUUUGUGUGCGUUCUGUAUUUGUUAUCCACUAUGUCUGACUGAGCAUUUAUUGAAUGUUUAGAAUGCAAAAUUGAAGGGGACUAAUGGUACUAUGAAAGAAAGUUCCAAGAACAUCAACAUAGCCAUCAUUGUUUGUCUUUGUGGUAUUGCAGGUCUGGCAAACAAGAAGACUGUGUUGAUUCAGCCAGUAGGGAAAGAUCUUUCUGUUGUGCUUGCAACGACAAAGACAAAGAACCAAAACCGUCCUGCAAAUCUGUACCAUAGGUUAGUCAUGAAGAAGGAAUUCCGACAAAUGGCAAAGGCUGUUGUUAACCAGACUGGAGAUUUAUGGUUUGAGGGUCGUGAGCGCAUUCGUCACACACGAGACUGGCUCUUACAACUUAAGGAGGUUGUAGAUGUUCCUGAAGAUAUCUUGAAAAUCAAAUAAGAGAUUGAGUCUGAACUUUUUGGGGAUGAUCAGAGUACAAGCAAUUUAAGGACUUCCUCUUCUUUGCAAGGACUCGCUAGAGUAUGUUUCUAAAAUUGUGGAUGUUCUUGGACAACUCCUC